AUGGCGGGGCUCCCGCUGGCCGCCGUCGCCUUCCAACUGUGCCUCCUCGCGUCGUCGUCGUCUGCUCUUCGGCCGGCGACAACCGCGAGCGAGAGCGGCGGCGGCAGCCGUGCCGGCAGGACCGCCUACCACUUCCAGCCCGCCAAGGACUGGCAGAACGGGCCGAUGUACUACAACGGCAUGUACCAUUUCUUCUACCAGUACAACCCGCACGGCGCGCUCUGGGACAUCGGCAACCUCUCGUGGGGCCACUCCGUCUCCGGCGACCUCGUCAACUGGGCCGCCCUCCACACGGCGCUGGACCCGACGUCGCCCUUCGACGCCAACGGCUGCUGGUCGGGCUCCGCCACCAUCCUCCCCGGCGGCACGCCGGCCAUCCUCUACACGGGCAUCGACGCCAAUGGAGAGCAGGUGCAGAACGUGGCGUUCCCGAGGAACCCGGCCGACCCGCUCCUCCGCGAGUGGGACAAGCCCAGUCGCAACCCCGUCAUCCCGCUCCCCGCCGACGUCCCCGGCGACAAGUUCCGGGACCCCUCCACGGCGUGGCUCGGCCACGACGGGCUGUGGCGCGUCGCGGUGUCCGCCGAGGUCCGCGGCGUGGCGUCCACGCUCGUGUACCGGAGCGCGGACUUCCUCCGCUGGGAGCGCGCCACCACCGCGCCGCUGCACGCCUCACGCGCCGCGGGCAUGGUGGAGUGCCCGGACCUGUUCCCGGUGCUUGAGCGCGGUGAUAACGCCGGGCUUGACGCGUCGGCGAGCGGCGACGGGGUGCGGCACGUGCUGAAGCUCAGCGUGAUGGACACGCUCCAGGACUACUACAUGGUGGGGCGGUACGACGACGCGGCCGACGCGUUCGUGCCGGCGGAGCCCGAGCGCGGCGACGACGUGCGCGCCUGGCGGCGGCUGGACUACGGCCACGUGUACGCGUCCAAGACCUUCUUCGACGAGCGCCACGGCCGGCGCGUGCUGUGGGCGUGGGCCAACGAGUCUGACAGCCAGGCCGACGACGUCGCCAAGGGCUGGUCCGGCGUUCAGACGUUCCCGAGGAAGCUGUGGCUGGACGAGGACGGGAAGCAGCUGCGGCAGUGGCCGGUGGAGGAGAUCGAGACGCUGCGGAGGAAGCUUGUCGGCCUGCGCCGCGGCACGGUGCUGAGCGCCGGAGGCAUGAACGAGAUCGUCGGCGUCGCGGGCUCGCAGGCCGACGUGGAGGUCGAGUUCAAGGUCCCGAGCCUGGCGGGGGCCGAGGCGCUGGACCCCAACUGGCUGCUGGACCCGCAGAAGCUGUGCGGGGAGAAGGGCGCGUCGGUGCCCGGCGGCGUCGGGCCGUUCGGGCUCGUCGUGAUGGCCUCCGGCGACCUGCGGGAGCACACCGCCGUCUUCUUCCGGGUGUUCAGGCACCAUGGCAGGUACAGGCUUCUCAUGUGCACCGACCUGACGAGGUCGACCACGAGGGCCGGCGUGUACAAGCCGCCGUACGGAGGAUUCGUGGACUUCGACAUUGACGAGCACGAGAGCAUCAAUUUGAGAACCCUGAUUGAUCACUCGGUGGUGGAAAGCUUCGGAGCUGAAGGGCGGAUGUGCAUCACGGCUCGAGUGUACCCUGAGCACGCGGAGACGAGCAACAGCCACUUGUUCGUGUUCAACAAUGGCACGGGCACGGUGGAAGUGUCCAAGCUCGAGGCAUGGGAGCUCGCCGCGGCGACCGUGAAUGCUGUUGGGGAUGACGGCUUGGUUGUGUCGCAAUCUAAAGACGAAAGCCAACCGUGA